GUUUUAAAGAGAUAUAUAAAUGCUAAACAAUUGCCUCUCUCUUCUAGUUUUUUAUUAUCGAUUUGUUGGUUUUCAUCGCUGUUUUCGUUGAAUAAAAUUUCAAAGGAAUGGGUUUACUAUUUUAUAUCUCCAUCUGCUUAGUUACUUCGCAGUCAUUUGGAAAUGGAAACGCCAAUUGUGAUCUCAGUGAUAAGUCCAGAUCCUAUUUAGAUGGAGCACUGGAUUUGAUGAAAAAAGCAAAAGAGAACUUACCUGAGUGCUCAUGCAACCAGAUAUGCAGACCCAUCGAUUGUGAAGAAGUUUUGAUCAAUGGUCGUAACGAAAGCGGAGUGUAUACUAUUUGGCCUAGGGGAAGAAUAGCCGAUGACAAGCCAAUGGAGGUGUAUUGUGACAUGGAUACUGAUGGUGGAGGAUGGACAGUUAUUCAGAGGAGAGGAAAUUAUGGCAGACCCAGCGACUAUUUCUACAAAGAUUGGAUGAAUUACAAAAAAGGAUUUGGUUCUCUAGAAAAAGACUUUUGGUUGGGCAACGACAAUAUAUUCACUUUGACCAAUCAGAGACUUUAUUCGAUUCGAUUUGAUUUGAAAGCUGUCGAUGGAGAAAGGAGGCACGCCCUCUAUGACAAGUUUUGGAUCGACGAUGAGGAUCAUAAAUACACACUUCACAUUAAAGACUACAGUGGGGAUGCAGGGGAUUCCAUGACCCCUAACCAUGACAAUCAGAAGUUUUCCACAAAGGAUCAAAACAACGGCAAUAAUAAAGGUGGGAACUGUGCCGAAAGUCAUAAAGGUGCUUGGUGGUACAACGCCUGUCAUACUGCCAACUUGAACGGUCUUUACCUCAGAGGCAAGCACAACAGUUACGCGGAUGGAGUCAACUGGUACACAUUCAGAAAUUACCACGAAUCGCUGGAGGAUGUUGAAAUGAAAAUACGGGCAAAGAAUUUCAAGAAAAAUUAUUCCUCCAUGAACAAUUCGCGAUGUUGUUGUUGAAGAAUAUGUAAUAGCAUCUUAAAUUAUGUAAAUUAAAAUGAUCCACAAAUAAAAUAAAAUCCAUAAAAUU